GUAGAAUGUUAGUUUGAGGAAAAUGAAAAAUUUAGAAAAAUUGAAAAGAGCGAGAAGAAACUACAAACAGUUAAGAUGGAAAAGAAUUUGAAAGGAAUUGAAAUAAAUCUUAUAUUUUUAAAAUUUCAUAUUUUUUAAUUGGAAAAAAAUAAAUCUAAAUAUGACUAAACCAUUGAAAUUAUAUUUAAAAAAUGACUUGUAAUUUUUUAUCUCCAAAAUAGGACUUGAUAAUUUCGUAAUCCAACAUAAAUAAAAAUUAAAAAUGAUCUCACAAUAUAUUGAGUACUCCGUAUUCAACUUUUCAGUCCCCUCUCCCUUCAUGAGGUUGGUUUGUUUAUUUUGGAGGGUGUCCAUUUAGUCAUUUUCCUAAGAAGAAGAGGGGUUUUCUUUUCUUUUCUUGUGUUUGCAAUACUAGCGGAUCUAACACAGCUGCAAGAAUUAAAUUUGGGAUUUGUGAAUAGUAAAUGUACAGUUUAUCUGGAAAUCGAGAGUGUAAAUAUAUUAUAUACAUUAUACAUCAAUAUUUGUUUAAAUUUAUUUAAUUUAGAUGUUUAAAGAUCAAAACAUAUUUAAGAUUGAUAUCUUAUUGGUGUAAUAAGACAUUAAUUUGUUUAAAUUUUUUAUGUCUGAUUCUGAUAUGAAACUUUGUGUUAGUCAAAGAUGUUGCAGGACUUCGCAAGUUGAAGAAUCUUGAAGAAUUGCAUCUUAGAGAAAAUUUGAUCUAUGGAGACAUUGAUUCAUCAUGUCUCCUCCGCAACUUGACCUCCCUCAGAGUUCUAGAUCUUGCAAUUAAUCAUUUCACGGGAAAGAUAGCCUCUACACUUGCAAAUCUUACAUCCCUACAACACUUGGACCUCUUAGGCAACAACUUCGAAGACACAGUAUUUCUGAGUUCUUUUGCCAACUUCUCAAAGCUUGAAACUUUAGAUCUAUCAAUAAAUCGGCUACAAGUCCAAACAGAAAAUUCAUUGUGGCAACCCACUUUUCAGUUGCAAACCCUCCGUUUAGACGGUUGUAGUCUGAACAAACCAGUUGGAACUUUUCCUACGUUUUUGAUGCAUCAGUACAAUCUGACUUACAUUUCUCUGUCCGGUAAUGACUUGGUCGGGACCUUCCCUACUUGGUUGUUAACCAAUAACUCUCAUCUUACAUCUUUGCAGCUAAGCAACAACCAACUUACAGGACAUCUCCAGUUUCCUUCCUAUGCUAAUUUUUCCUUAUCUGAACUCGAUGUUUCUAGUAACAAGUUUCAAGGCAAAAUGCCCGAAAACAUGGGUGAUAUGUUCUCACAACUCCGGUUUUUAAAUAUGUUCGGGAACUACUUUGAAGGGAAUAUCCCCAUUUCAUUUCGCCAUUUAAGAGAUUUAGAACUUCUAGAUUUAUCACGCAAUAACCUAUCAGGAGCAUUGCCAAGACAAUUGCUCCGUGAUUUUGGAUACUUGGAGGUCUUGGAUUUAUCAGACAACCAACUAGAAGGGGACUUAGUUUCAGAGCAUAUUAACCUAACACACUUGUCCCUCCUAAAGCUAGGCAACAAUAUGUUUGGUGGGACAAUCAAGGAUGCACUCUUAGAGGCUUUGGGUAAAUCACACUACUUGUUGUACUUUGAUAUCUUAAACAAUAAGAUAACUGGCCAGCUUCCUAGAGGGAUCGGAAACUUGAGUAACUUGCGCAUCUUAUCAGCAUCAAACAACUUACUGGAAGGCCUAAUUCCAACAGAAAUAUGUAAACUUUCCAGGCUGAGCCACUUGGACCUCUCUCAGAAUAACUUUACGGGAUCAAUACCAUCAUGCUCCAAUUCCUUGGAUUUACAGUAUAUCCGUCUGGGCAAGAACCGCAUCACAGGGCAAAUACCGCAUGAAUUAUCAAGCUGCUCGCUGCUAAAACUACUCGACCUGAGGGAUAAUCAACUUUCAGGCAAUAUUCCAUCAUGGAUAUACAUGCUUUCCAACUUAACAGUGCUCUCGUUGGGAGGCAACAAUCUUCGCGGCCCAAUUCCACAUCAGAUAUGUCGGUUAGCAUCUCUCAAUCUAUUAGAUCUAUCUAGGAACAGGUUAUCAGGUGGUAUACCGAUAUGCAUUGGGAAUAUAACACUUGGGAUGAGAAUGUAUGUUUAUGACAACUUCAAUUUGGGAUUUGGUGAAACCUUUUUUGUAUCUUUUUGGAAAUAUCAAAGUCCAUUAAAAGUUGAGUUCCUUGUAAAGAACAAUUAUCUAUCCUACACUGGUAGAAAUUUUAGGCUUAUGUCAGGGUUUGAUUUGUCUUGCAACAAUCUCACUGGGGUCAUUCCACCAGAGCUGGGAAACUUGAUGCAUGUCUAUUCGAUUAACUUGUCCCAUAACUUCAUAUCUGGAUCCAUCCCAAACACCUUCUCCAACUUGAAGCAGAUUGAGAGCUUGGACCUCUCUUUCAACAACUUGAGUGGCACAGUCCCUUAUCAACUCGUCGACCUUAACUUCUUGGAAGUCUUUAACGUGUCCUUCAACAACUUGACCGGAAGGACACCCCAGACAGGACAGUUUGCUAGCUUCGUUGAAAGCAGCUAUAUUGGAAACCCAGGACUCUUCUGCUCUGUAGUGAACAAAUCUUGCACCCCUGAAAAUGAGAUGCCUCCUCCUUCUAGUCCCAGUGAAGAAGAUGAUGGAGAUUCUGGGAUCAUCGACAUGGUAGACUUCCUCUGGAGUUUUGGCGUGUCCUCCAUCAUAAUGUUCUUGGCAACAAUGGCAGUCUUCAGAAUCAACCCUCAGUGGCUUAAUUUUGUUGACAGGUAUAUUCUUUGGAGGUUGUGAUUGCCAAUUCCAUAGUUGUCUUUUGUAUCUAUCUCAAAAGUGUUAUAUUUCUAUGCCUAAGACUUUAAUAGGUGUGCUUUGUAUCUUGUU